CCUCAUUCUUGUCGUUUAGUGGAAUCCAACCUGGAUUUUCACAUCAGCGCGAGUUGUUGACACCUACCGUUUCGAAAGUUUGCGCAUUAAAAAACGGAUCUCACAAAAAAUCAAAAAAACAAAACCAGUUUUUUUAAAAAAAUAUUUCCAAUAUCUUCGCCACCACCCAAAUUUCAGUUACUGAAAAAAAAUUGUGUUUUGAUAGAGUCACCAAAAGAGGGGGAUUUUGGUUUAUAAAAACCUAGUUCCCCUCCGAAAAAUAAUGUUGCAGAAAUUUUGUUUGAUGGCUUCUUAUGGAUUUCCUUCGGAGCUUGGUUUCCAACAAGAAUUUGUUAUGAAGGGUUGUCAACAAUUGGUGCCUUAUCAUGUAGCGAAACCAGAAAUUGUUCGAUAUCAGUGUCCUAAUCUUAGGUUAAAUUCAUAUGAGGAAUCGAGAAUGGCAUCAAGAGAGUGGUUCGGUUCUAAUCAGUUUGUCAAUUUGGAGUUGUCAGCUCUAAAGCCAAUGGUUGUUGAUGUACAAGCAACUUGUCCAAGCACAUUACUUUUCAGCUUUGGCGCCGUUGAUCAAUGCACCGAGCAUGAUAAAACUUUGCACUGUAUCACAUCUGAGGCUGCUGAAGCAGGUAUUGGUGGUGUUCGUAAAGCUUUGUUGUCUGACUUGAUGAGUCUGCAACUUUCAGGCAUUGAUAUACCUCAAAUUUCAUCGCAUCCUCUCAUCUACCCAAAUAGGACAUUCUAUAUCUCGAAGCCUUUGCUUGAUAUUUUUCAAGAUUCAGCUCUAAGUUCAAAAAUUACUGCUUAUCCAGAUGGCCAAGUCACAUUUAUGGGUACAAAAAUUGAUAUGAAGGAUUUUCUUGCUUUAGUUACCGAGUCAUACUUAUCAGAAAGCACACAUAAGGGUGAAAAACAGUUUAUGCUUGUUCCACACUUCAGUAGGCUGAAUCAAAAUGAAGUAGAGGCCAGAAGUCAUUCCUCUACAUUGGAUAUUCACUCUACACUGACCGUUCCAUUAAAAAGUCUUGAGAAAGUCAAAGUCAAGCCAUCACGAAAGAAGAACAAGAAAGUAGCCAGGGAGAGGGAUCUGUUCAAGAAGAACUACAUUCAUGCAUGUGAAAGCCUUCUGUUUUUGAUGACCGAUAAAAGUCAUCAUCGGGAAACCGCAAUUCUUUCACUGAAGAAAUCUGGCCCAGAGCUUCCUGAACUCCUCACCCAAUUCUCUGCCGGCAUUGCUGGUGCUGGCCUUGCUGUUGUGCUAUCUGUGAUAUGCAAGCUAGCUUGCGGAAGGGUCCCCUUUUGUGCAUCUAAGGUCUUCAACACAGGGUUGGGUUUCGGGCUGGUUUGGCUUUCUUGGGGAGUAAAUAAACUGAGGAAUACAAUUGUUAACAUAAGCAAGAAUACCGGAAAGAUGAGAUUGAAAGAUGAAGAUAUGAUUCAAAAGGUGGAUAAGAGCCUAAAAGAGGUUUACUUUAGAGCUGCAGCAUUGCUAGUAGUGGCAGUGCUAAGGCUUGCUUGAGUGUAUUCCCUCUAGAGAUAUGAUCACACACAUAGUUUCAAGAGUUUUAAGUGCUACUGAUCCACACGUAAUCGGUUAAUGGAAUAACCAUUCACUGUUGUAUCUGAUUUGUUGUAAAGUGUAAGGUAGAAAUUUGCAAUAAAAUGAACUGACUUAAAAUGUU